AGAAUGGAAGAAGUAAAUCAAACAACAGUGACUGAGUUCAUCCUCAAUGGGCUAACAGAGAAUCCAGAGCUCCAGGUGCCCCUAUUCCUCAUCUUUCUAGGACUCUAUUUGAUUACAAUUGUGGGAAACCUGGGCAUGAUCAUCUUGAUUAUGUUUAGUUCUCAGCUUCACACACCCAUGUAUUAUUUACUCAGCUGUCAGUCAACUGUAAUUACUCCCAAAAUGCUGGUAAACUUUGUGACAGAGAAGAAUGUCAUUCCCUAUCCAGAAUGCAUGGCUCAGUUCUACUUCUUCUGUUCUUUUGCUGUUGCAGAAUGUCACAUGUUGGCUGCAAUGGCAUAUGACCUCUAUGUGGCUAUCUCUAACCCAUUGCUUUACAAUGUAAUCAUGUCCUAUCAGGUUUGUUUAUGGAUGAUAGCCUGGGUAUAUGGUAUGGGCUUACUAAGUGCCACUGCUCACACUGUCUUCCUGCUAAGAGUCCUUUUCUGUAAGGCUAAUAUAAUAAGGCAUUACUUCUGUGAUCUUUUCCCAUUAUUGGAGCUCUCUUGCUCUAGUACUUUUAUCAAUGAAGUACUAGCAUUGUCCUUUAGUGCAUUUAAUAUUAUUAUACCAGCUAUGACCAUCCUUGGCUCUUACAUGUUCAUUAUAUUCAGCAUCCUCCACAUUCAAUCCACUGGGGGCAGAUCCAAGGCCUUCAGUACCUGCAGCUCCCACAUCUUGGCUGUUGCUAUUUUCUAUGGUUCUUUAGCUUUCAUGUAUCUUCAGCCAUCAUCAGUCAAUUCCCUGACCCAAGGGAAAUUAUCAUCUGUGUUUUAUACCAUUGUUGUGCCUAUGUUGAAUCCUAUGAUCUACAGCCUGAGAAAUAAAGAUGUCAAAGUUGCCCUAAAUGAGUUACUAGAAAACAUAAGUUUCUUCUUAACAAAGAACAGUUUUCCUUAG